UUUUGGAAGGACAUGAAGCAAUGAUAACAUCAUGUGCUUUUUCACCAGAUAGUACUUAUCUAGUGUCAGGUUCAAGUAGAGGAGAAUUAAGAUUAUGGGAUGCACGUUAUGGUCAUGGAAAAUGUUUAUUUUCUCAGAUUGAAGCUCAUGAUCUUGGUGUUUCUUGUUGUGAUUUCAAUCCUCUCUAUGAAAUAAACAAAAACAUUACAGAAUUAAUUGAACUUAUACAAGAAAAUGGUUUAACUGGAAGCGACAACAUGUCAACAGUUUAUAUUGUUGCUUCAGGUGGAAAUGAUGAUUUAAUAAAAUUGUGGAAAAUAAAGGCUGGCAUAAACUGUUCUAUGCAUUUAUGUAUGACAUUAGAAGGGCAUUCUGCAAAUGUUAUGUGCUGCAGAUUUUCUAGUGAUGGAUCUCUCCUUGCAUCAGGUGCAGGUGAUAAAUCUGUAAUAAUAAGAGAUGCUCAAACUGGAGAAAUAUUAACCCAAUUAGAGAGACAUAACAGAUAUAUUACAUGCUGUGCAUUUACAUCUGAUAAUAAAUAUCUGGCAACUGGAUCUAAUGAUAAGACUAUUAUUUUAUGGUCUCUGGUUAAUUCUGAAAUUAGUGAUGAAAGUCCAAAUGCAAAUAAUUUGAGUACAUCACGUAUUUGUAUUGGUCCAUCAAAUCAUGGAGUUAAAUCUGUUUCCCAGUGGUCUGUAGAUAAUGUAUGUAAUUGGUUAGAAGGAUUAAAUUUAAAAGAAUAUGAAGAAACAUUUCGUAAUCAUGCCAUUGAUGGUAAAGAACUUCUACAUUUAACACACGAGAAUCUCUCAAUAUCUAUGAAAAUAGAUAUUUUAGGCCAUCGAAAUAAAAUUCUUCGAGGUAUUCAAGCACUUAAAAAUCCCUUAUGGCAACACCAAUGUCUUUUGGAAGAAAGUGCUUUAAUUCCAGAAGAAUUUUUUUGUCCUAUAACACAUGAAAAAAUGAUUGAUCCUGUUGUAGCCAUGGAUGGCUAUAGCUACGAAAGAGCAGCCAUAUUGGAAUGGAUCAAAAAUGGCAACAACACCAGUCCAAUGACAAAUGAAAAGCUUUCAACAACAGAAGUGAUUCCUAAUAAGACACUAAGAUUAAUAAUACAGAAAUAUCAAUAAUUUGAAAAUCUAUUAAAAAAUAAUCAUUGUAGACUUUUGUAAACAGCAAUGUAUAAAAUAGAACUAUUUGCUCAAAAUAUUUUAUUACAAAAUUAAAAUUUUAAAUUAUUGCACCUCAAAUUUAUAUAAUGUUAAACAUUUAAUGAUA